UUACAGAAACGGACCCAAUUUACUGCGUUUCGAAGCCACACAAGCAUGACGAGGAAGAGCUCGAAAGUUCAGGCUCUCUACGAGCUCUGCCAAACGGUAUUCACGCCGUCAGGGUGUCCUCCCCCUUCUUCUCCGGCUAUCAAUAAGCUCCGUUCUGUCCUCGAUGCGAUGUCUCCUACUGAUGUUGGGCUUAAAGAGGAAAAUCAGGAUGAUGAUCGAGGGCUUGGUUUUGUUGGACUUGACCAACUAAAAAGAGUUUUUCGGUGGGCUCAACCAAUAACGUACUUGGAUAUGUAUGAAGGUGACAGUUUUACGAUGUGUAUAUUCUGUUUUCCUACUUCCUCAGUUAUUCCGCUUCAUGACCAUCCUGGAAUGACUGUUUUUAGCAAAGUUCUUUAUGGCUCUUUGCAUGUGAGAUCUUAUGAUUGGGUUGAGCCUGCCCAGGAGAUCAAGGGACCAAAUUACUUUCCAGUAAGAUUGGCGAAGCUGGCAGUUGACAAGGUUUUAACAGCACCAUGUGGGACAUCAGUUUUGUAUCCAAGGAGUGGGGGCAAUCUGCAUAAUUUCACGGCGGUCACUCCUUGUGCUGUUCUUGACAUUCUCACUCCUCCUUACAGAGAAGAUGCAGGCAGAAAAUGUACCUACUACCGUGACUACCCGUAUACUACCUUUGCUACAGAAAACGGAAUUAAAAUAAAGGAUGGUAGAGAAGAGGACUAUGCAUGGUUUGCUGAGACAGAACCAGAUAAUCUUUAUAUGCGCUUGGGAAAUUACACAGGGCCGUCUAUUCAGGUUUAACUCUUACCCGUAUCAUUAGUGAUGAUCACUAAACGAGCUCAUGCUUCUUGUUGUGUUUGGUUUGGCUUAGGCAUUCCAUUGCGGUUGGCCACAGAAGGCUAACAACGAGGUACCCAAGGCACCAAGAAGCGAAUUGAUAAAAGAGCAUGUUGUUAGACGAUGAUGUCAAGUUUAUUGAGUCAAGUCAUCCCGCAGUCCCCCUCCUUGCUUGCCUGUGUUAGCCUUCAUAACUAACUCAGCGAAGUUGUGAUUGUGAUGAUUAAUUUGCUACAGAAGUUAUUUUGAAUGCAUCAAAGGAUCUUGAUUAAUAUUA